UUCAAAUCCGUCAAAUCUCUCAUCAAACUCAACAAAGUCUGCAUCGAUAAUCACAUAUUCCAACUUCAUUAUAAAGCGACCGUCUGCCUACUCAUGGCUUGCUCAAUAAUGGUGACAGCGAAGCAAUUUUUUGGCGAUCCAAUAACUUGCAUUACAGAUGAAAUUCCGCAAAAAGUUAUGGACACUUAUUGUUGGAUUCAGUCGACUUUUACGUUGCCACAUCAAUUGGAUCGAGUUGCUGGUGAGGAGGUGGCUCAUGAUGGUGUUGGAAGUUACGUUGAUGGACAACAUGAAAAAAAGUAUCACAAAUAUUAUCAAUGGGUUGUGUUUAUGCUGUUUUUUCAAGCAAUGUGCUUCUACGUUCCUCACUACCUUUGGAAAAUCUGGGAAUCAAAUCGCGUCCGCAAUCUCGUCAGUGACCUUAACAAUCCAAUCCUGGAAGAUGAAAAAAAGACAAAGCAGCUCAAGAGUCUCACAAUGUACCUAAAAGAUAACUUCCGUUUCCACAAAUGGUACGCAGCUCGAUUCUUUAUAUGCGAGAUGCUCAACUUUGUGAAUGUUGUUGUGCAAAUUUGGCUUGUUGAUCGAUUUUUAGACUAUGAAUUUUCAAAUUAUGGAACUGAGGUGCUGUCAUUUACUGAAAUGGAUUCGGAAUAUCGAACGGAUCCAAUGACUAGGAUAUUUCCAAAAGUGACUAAGUGCAUAUUUCAUAAGUAUGGCGCAUCUGGGUCGAUUCAGACGUUUGAUUCACUGUGCAUUCUUCCUCUCAACAUAAUCAAUGAGAAGAUCUACAUCAUCCUCUGGUUCUGGUACAUGUUCCUUGCAGUCGUCACCGGCUUCUCAAUCAUCUACCGUUGCAUCCUUUGCAGCAGCCCACAAUUUCGACUUCAAACAUUGCGGAUGAGAAACCGAAUCGUUGAUUUUCAUAUACUUGAGUCGGUAUUUAAUCAUGGAGACAUUGGAGAUUGGUUCCUGUUUCUGUUGUUGGCUAGAAAUAUUGAUCAAUUAACUUACAGGCAGCUGAUUGAGCAGCUUGAUGUUUCAAUUACAAAGAAGACUGAUCGGGAAUCUUUUACAAUUUCUAUGGACAAUGAAAGGGAAUCUAAAGAUGAAGUUGGAAUGCUUAAGAUUGAAAAGGUUGACGAUUUUAAAAAAUUUUGA